AUGUGGCCGGCGGGGCGCCAGCUCGGAGCCCUGGUCUGGAAGAACUGGCUGGUCAGGUGCAGGCACCGGGUCCUCUGCCUCGCGGAAUUCCUCUGGCCGUGUGUCCUGUUCAGCAUCCUGACAGCACUUCGUUUUCAAGAGCCGCCCCGGCACCGAGACAGCUGUUACUUGCAGCCCCGGGACCUGCCCAGCCGGGGCGUUCUCCCUUUUGUGCGGGGCCUCCUCUGCAACACCGGGGCGCGGUGCCGGAACACGAGCGACGCGGGGCCCACAGAGCACCGUCUCCGUUCGUCUAGGUUCCGAGCCACAGCUGCCCAUCACAAGAUCCAUGACCUGGUCUUCUUACAAGAGAUGCAGGACCUGGCUGAUGGCGUGCGUGAAAUGAUGGACAAGGCAACAAACUUAAAACAGCUCUGGGCAGAACGAGCCAAGGCUCCAGGUUCUCCUUAUGGCUCCAGCUUCUUAACAGUAGAUCUCAAUAAGACCGAGGAGGUGAUAGCGGCACUGGAAAGCCUUCAGCAGCAGCCCCAAGUCUGGGACUUCCUCCUUUUACUGCCCGGACUGGACGCAAGCCAGGUCCCCAUUGACGAUGGCCUCCGCGGCGCAGCACGCCUGCUCCAGGCUGUCCUGAAUUCCUUAACGUCUCUGGAAGAGCUAGGUCGGCCGCCACUCAACCCUGCUACCUCCAGGGUUUCCAGAAUGGUGCUGAAGGCGACCAUUUCCGCGCUGACGUUCCUGCGGGGACACGGAGCAGCAGCCGCAGAGUCGGGGCGCAGCCUGUCCCUGCGCAGCCUGCUGCGGGCCCCGCAGGAGGUCCGGGCGGACCUGCAGUCCCGAUUUGGAUUUGAUGACCUUCAUGCGGAACAAAUCCUGAAUUACUCAGCUGACCUGAAAGAGAUUCCCACAGACAGCUCAUUGGAGCGGAUGGUGUGCUCAGCCUUGUCCCGAGCCUCCGAGGACGAAGCUGACGGAGAGGGUCACCCUGGAGACUGUCACGCCCGCUGGUCCGCAGCCAAAACCUACCUGGUCCACGCGGUCAGCCGGCUGCAGGUCUACAAACAGGUGCUCCAUCGGUGGCGGGCAGGCGGCCGGCUGCAGCAGGUGCUCAGGAGCCCGCUGGAGGGAGGCAGCGCCCUGCAAGAGGCGGCGGAGGCUUUGCAGGCGGGACUGCUCCUGCUGAUGGGCAGCGCGACAACAGAGGGCCCCGGCAGCCACGCUCCUCCAGAGGCGGUCUUAAAUUCCACAAAGGAACAUCUCAUGAAGGAAAAGAAGUUGGAUGCCCUUGGGGAUGAGCAACUGAACUUUCUUUUGUCUUUUGUGGAAUUUUUGGAGAAAUUGUUACCUAACCCUUUUGACUCAUCCAUUGGUCCCACUGAGACUAUUCUAAAUGCAGGUCAUUCCUGGAUAAAUCACUUAAAGAAUUUAGGAAGAGAGCCAUCUGGUAUUGAUACUCAGAAACUUUUGGAAUUUGGCAAGGAGGUGAUUGAAAAAGUGCACACUCUUGAAAAGACGGAAUCAAGCUAUGUUUUGAGACUUAUGGAAACAGUACUUUCUGAAAUUAACCCCAAGCUCCUGGAAUUGUGGACGUAUGACAUUUCCAAAGGAAAGAGAACUAAAUUCGAAAACUUGUCUACACUUUCAAAUUUUUCUGUUCUAGAAAAUGAGAGGAUUCUUAGUAAAAGCUUUAAUUUUUCCAAGUUGUUUCGCUCGGAUUGGCCUGAAUCACCAGCCGUGAAAAUGGAUUUUGUUCAUCUAAGUGAGUCUAUAAUCCACAGUCUCUACGAACUUGGAUUCCUGAGGCAGGAGCAAGUCUCAGAGGCUCUGGACACUGUCUAUGCUGUGAGGAAUGCAUCUGAUCUUUUCUCAGCCCUUUCUGAACCGCAAAAACAAGAAGUUGAUAAAAUUUUGACUCAUAUAUAUCUAAAUGUCUUUAAGGACCCAGAUUCAGCUUUUCUUCUGCAGGUUUAUUCUUCAUUUUACCAAUACACUGACAAAUUAUUGGGCAUCCAGAGUAGAGAGUCUUUGCUCUCUUUCCUGACUCAAACCUCGAAGCACAUUUUUGAGAUUAUAAAGCAAUUUAAUUUUCAAAAUAUCAGCAAAGCAUUUGCAUUUUUAUAUGAGACAACAGAACUUCUUGGGGGAAUUUCUGAAGUAUCUUAUUGUCAGCAAUUGCUUUCAGUUUUCAACCUUUUGGAGCUUCAAGCCCAGUCCCUGAUGUCCGCAGAGCGCCCAGAGUUGGAAGUGAUCCAUGCUACUCUGACCGGCCUCAAACAGCUGCUAAUGGGGGAUGAAGAUUUUCGUAUUUCUUUAUUUCAGUAUAUGAACCAGCUCUUCAACAGUUCAUUAGGAACCCUGUUGGGUAAUGAAUGCUUUGCUUUGAAUAAUAAAAUCACUUCUAUGAGUCACUCAGUAGAUGGAGGGCCUCCACUUACUCUUCUGUGGACACAGAUUCAUUCAAACCUCUCUGCAGAUGGCAGCGUGUUCGGUGAGCGGAUGGCUGUUCACUGUUCCAUUUCAUGGCUUCAGAAGUGGGCUGAAAUCUGGGGAAGCACAGCUCAGAUAUUGCAGCUGGAUGUGAAUGUUUUCACUCCUCUUCAUAUCGGUCUUACCCAGCUUUUGGGUGAACUGGAAAGUGAUGUGAAAAUUUCUAAAAGCUGCCAGGGAAUAUUUCCCAUUCAUCGCCCUGCUAGACUCAUAUUAAACCUACUUAAAAACAUGACUCAAGGUGGCGGCCUCCAUGACCGGGACGAUUUUCGGAAUCUCAGGGAACUCUGGGGAGCAGUACGUGAUGCAUUGGUUAGAGUAAAGUUGCUUCACCCAGACCAGGUGGAGAGAUCCCUGUCCACCCUGGACACAGCCCUGAGUCAGCUGAAGGCAUUUCCGCUAAGCACAAGAGCAGGCAGGGAGUUUUUGUAUUCUGUGCUCGAUGUGCUCACGCAGUUAAGCAACACCUCAGACUACAGAGACAGACAUACACACUUGAUAAAUCACUUCCUUUUAAAUAACCUCACGGAUUAUGAAGUAAACUUUGAAAGCAUCAUCACUGACCUAAGAGAAACAAUAUUAUUUCUUAGAAAUGUGUCACAUGACCAUACUUUAUUGUCCUGUGCUGAUAGUUUCCAAAACAUCACUGAAUUUAUUCUGGAAGAUGGCUUAUUACAUGUAAAUACUUCACAGAGGGUGUUACAUAUUCUGGCCAUGUUAAAUUCCUUCUUUUCCUCCGAGGACAUCAUGAGCAUACUGAAAGGAUGCAUUGAAUGGGCGGACAUCUUCAAUCAUUCGUAUGUAGCCUAUGACCCUAGUUUUCCACCAGACCAUCUUCGGAGUGUUUUGAAGCAUUUCAGUGACGUGGAAAACAAAAUUAACUCUACAUUAACACUUGUUACUUGGCUGUUGAAUACAGUGGAAUCUGGUUGUUCGUUGAAUAAGUCAAAUAUAAAUUGUAUGAAUAUUUACUUAAAAAAUGUAACUGACUUCCUAAAUGUUAUACUUACUGCAGUCUUUGAAAAAGAAAAGGCACCACAAUUUGAGAUUUUAUUAACUCUUUUAAAUAAUUCCACAAACCAAGUAAGUAUGCUUAUCAACAACUUAACAAGAGACUUUGAAUUUGCAUCUCAAUUCAACUGGAAACAUUUUACUGAAUUAAUUCUAAGACCCAUAGAAAUGUCAGAAGAAAUUCCUAGCCAAUUUCAAAAUACUUGGCUGCAUUUAGUAGAUCUGGGGAAAGAAAUUCAAGACCUUGUGAAAGAUAUUUUCCCUAACAUUCUGGAAAACAACUUCUCUUCUGAAGCUGAGAAGUUCUUAAAUAUAUUUACUACCAGUCCAAAGGAAAAGGAUAUACAUCGUUUAGGUAAUUCAUUUUUUCAUUUAACAAGUUACCUUGUCUUCAACUUAUCAGAUGAUCUCCAAAAUUUGCCCCAAAUAAUUCCACAUGAAAUAGUGAAAACUGUGGGUCUUGGUAUUCAGUUGAUUAGGGAUGUGUUCAACUCCCUAAUGCCCCCAGUCCAUCACAAUAUUCCAGGAGAUCCAGGUAAUAAUAACGUUUUAAAGAAGAUAGCUUCUUUCCUGCUCACCCUAAAGAAGACCGACAUAGACCUUCUGGUAGACCAACUCGAGCAAGGUGGUGAAAGCCUAAUGGACUUUAUAAGGAAUAUCAGUAGAUCAGGUACUGACAGUUUGGGGGUCAAGUUGCUUGUUGGCUUGAUGGAGAAGUUUGUAGACGGCUCCCAUUCAUGGAAUGUCAAUCAUCUGCUGAGGCUGUCACGCCUGAUUCCCAGAGAGGACAUGGCUGCUGUGGUGGAUCUGUACUCUGCCCUUCCUCACGCUGUGAGGCUCCUGCAGAGAGUGGUGGACAAGAACAUCACCAAAGCCCUCAAGGAUGUCUACGACUUCACAGUCCUUCAUGGCAUAGGCAUUUCUCAUGUCACCAAGGAAGACUUUAUGUUUGUGAUGAAAACUCUCCUGGACACCAUUGAAUUAAUAUCAGAUAAGCCAGGAGUUCUUGCCAAGGUUGUAACUUGCCUUCCUGUGGUUUGGUGCCGGAAUUACACAAUAUCUGGAUUUCAGCAGAAUCCAGAGUUAGAAGCCUGUAAUGGCCACUUCUACAGCAAAGUGGCUAGUAUACUUGACCACCUCCACCUGCCUCCCCCAGGUGAAGCGUCACAAUGUUCAAAUGAAAGCUCCCGGAUGGAAAUAACUAAGAACAUGGUCUGCGUAAUUCAUGAGCUAGUGGACUGGAGCUCCGUUCUUCUAGAGCUGUCUGAAGUCUUCCAUGUGAAAGCCUCGCUUGUGAAAACUGUGCAACUAUUUAGGCAGAAGGUGUUUCCAUCUGUCCUAUCUGGAAAUCAGAGCAUGAGUAGCACCUCUGGACUCUGUCCCCCUGGCCCCAUGAAGCAAGUUGCUUUACAAAUUAUAGAAAAAUUUAGAAACGUCAGCUUUACAAAAGCUACAUCAGAUGAAAACAUUCUUGAUAAAUUAGCUCUUUUAAACAGGAUCCUUAACAAUGAAGGCACAGAGGCAUCUCUUAUGAAUCUUCCCUUAAGUUUGGGAAGGAUGAUAAAGUCACUUUCUGGGGAUGAGAGCCUAGAAAAUAGUACUCGCUCUGUAGUCUCUCUAUUCAUGACGUUUUUGGAUGCAAACAUUGUAGGAAGGCAUUUCGAAGCACUAUCAAGUUUUAUUAAAAGGAGUAGAACAGCUUACAACUUUGUAGAUCUGUGGCUUGAGUCUGAACAAGCCAUGAAAGAUCCAAACCUCAACUUCAAUAGAAGAAUCCUGUUCUCUAAAAUUAAUGAAGAGCUUCCAAUGAUUAACUCAAUGGCUCUUCAAAAAAUGACUGUGCAACUUGUCCAUAUUUUGGAAAGCCUGAAUUCAUCAUCGUUGCAGUCAUCAGAAAUGACCGGAGGUUUUCCAUCCGUCACAAAAAACUGGCUUCGUAAAUAUGCAAGUGAAGAAUACUCCAGAAUAAUACAAAUAUUCUUUUUCCUUAUGGCCAAUGAGAAUUCAACAUUGACUGGAGACAUUAAUACAUUUUUGGAUUAUCUCAAAAACAUUUCCAGAGGAGGUGAUUCUCACGUUGACCUUUUUGCUCAACUGGUAAACCAAGAACAGUCAACUAAUUUCUCAGUUGCUAGGUUGCUUUUGAAAAGCUUCCUAGUUAAUUCAAUCAAUAACUUAGCUGUGGGCUCUCGACAAGCAGCCUGGAACUUAAGUGACACUGACCUUCAGGUCCUGAAUCUCAUUAACCUCACCUUGAACCAGACACCGUUAGAAAAGGGUGAGAGAAUACUUCUCCCUCCAGGAGGCAUGGUGGAGUUCAUGGGACAGCUUUUGAAAACAUUCUUCACCUUUGCAGAAAAGGAAAAUUCUGAGAACAAAACAUCUCUUUUGCCGAAAGACCUCCACGACAUCGUUGCAGAGAUGAGCUUUGUAAAGGAUAAAGUUUUAGAAAUUCUGAAAGUAGACCAAUUUCUUACCUCCAUGAAAGAAAAGAAAUUGAUGAGCAUUUUUUCAAGUUUAAAGGAGACCAUAUAUCACCUAAUCAAAGGAUGCUUCAUGUCAGACCACACAGACUUUUAUUUUGAUAAUUACCGAGGAUGGACGUUCCUGCGAGAUUUAUUUAAUGCUCUUCAAAGUAAAACUUCUGUGAGAAAUAAGACUGAAAAUAAUUUGGAGUUUCUUACCCAGGUGAGUCAGUUGUUUUUCCACAUGAAUAGUUCUGCAAACCUCUCCCAGCUCAGCCACCAGCUCCAGGCAGCUCUCCACCUCGUGCGAGAAGCCUCAGCAGAGAUGGCAGCUGUUAUGGAUUCUCUUUUCAACUCUCCCAGGAAGGACUUGCGUGCCUCGUGUCCUUCACUCCGAGAGGCCGUACUUGCUAACCUGACCGACCUGCUUUCCUUCACAAGCCGUUCACUCCCUCUAAGACACAGAGCAGCAGUGGACAUCACCGCGAGGGUGCUCGGUGUUGUCUCAAGAGCUGGUGGAGGAGGUCCCGUCCCGGAACCCCGCUUGGAAAUGCCUGGUGCUCUGGGCGUGCUGGUGAGCGCACGCGUGGAAAUGCGGGCUCUGGCCGCGUCCCUGAACUCCACGGUGGAGCUGCUCCAGCUUGCCAAGAAAGUUUCGAGGAAGAUGGCCGCUGUUUUUGAAACUCAUCGUGUCUCGGGUACCGAUGGCACUAUGAGAUUCUUUGAUGCUCUGUACGCCAUUUUGCAACAGAAGGUUGGAAAUGCUGUGAAUGAAACCACUGCUUUGGAAAAAGUGGACCAGUUAGUAUUUGAAAAUAUCAGUGACUCGUUGGUGCCAUUUCUGGACUUGGCCUUUGGGAUGAUUGGGAUCAAACCUAAUAUUUCCCAAGGCUCUGGUGUUUUCAAUAUGUCGUCUAGCAUAUUAUCCGAUGUGGACCAGUCCAGGGAGUUCUCUGAUGUUUCAGAAGAAAUUGCUGAAUUUUUAACUUCUGGGGAAAUCAAUUUGGGAGACGUGGAACAUCUUCUGGUAGCAAUUAAUAAUGGCACUGAAAUAUUUUCCAUGGAUUCUGUCAACGUAUGGGAAGAAAUCCUAGAUUGCUUAAUUUCUAUAAAUAACAUCACCAACCAGAUAGACUUCCUACGUCCGAAUCCAGUUUCCACGCAUGGUUUCCCUCAGGAUGCUCACGAAGUGACGCUGGUUUUGGAUGAAAUGCUGUCACGAGACAGCACGGAAAUAGGGCCCUGCUUGAGAAUGCUGACGGACCUGGCCGUCGCGCUUUGGAGUCCCUCAGAGAAGGAUGACUUGAAUGUUUCCAGUCUGUGGCUGCCGUGGGCUCAGCGUGCAGACGCCCUUCGGAAAGCCGUGGGAACAGUUGUGGAGUUCGCCAGGGGAGGCCACGGCCGUGGAGCCUCGGUUCUCAGCUCCCCUCUGAUGCGGGCAGUGCCUCCUCGGCCCCUGGAGGGAGCUGCCCGGAGCGCGUUGCGUGGGGCAGCUCUCCUGAGGAAAGGGCUUCUCUUGAACAACCCUCAGCGGGUAAGUUCCACCAAAACGGUGCUCCAGCCCGGCUUUGAGAUGUUUCUUCAUGCAGCCGCUGGAAAGAACAUCCCAUCAGAGAAAGGAGAGAAGGCCAGGAGAGGGAGGAUGGCCGUUCCUGACAGCCUCACCCCGCCACCGUGGUUCCAGAACUGCGUGAAGGGGUUAAUUGCAUUGACGGAGUCCUGGCAGGAAGUCCUGGCAGAUGAGAGGAAUUAUUCUCUGUCUCCUCUGGCAGGAAACCCGUCCGUGGCCAGCGACGCCCUGUGUGCUGCUCGGAGCUGCGAGCCGGGUGGAGUGAGGUGGCUCAUGGCGUCUGCUCUGCGGGGGGUCCUUGUGCUGCACGACCUCUACCAGGACCUGGAGAAGGCGUGGUCCGCGCCCCGUCAGCUGGACUGUGAGGGUCUCCGCAGGAACCUCUCCCGCACCCUGGAGCACUUCAGGAGCCACCUGGAGAACGCCGCCGCCUGGGACUGUGCGUGUCCGCCCGCGUGGGACUGGACCCCGCAGCGCCUGCACACGUUGGCCCAAAGGCUCGAACAGGUUUUGUUUCCUGGGAAUUUGAUGACUUCUCUUAGCAAUUUCACAGCAACUGUGGACGUGAAGGUAAAAGAUCUGGUGAAGAACAUCACCGCCUUCACCGAGGAGCUUCGAUCUGCCCACCUCUCAGCUGGAACCAUCAGCAGUAUUUUGGAAGCAAGUAUUUCCCGCUCACAGGUCCUGUCCGGCGCCCUGACGGUGGCUCUGUCCGGGAGAUGUGACCAGGAUGUGCUGCGUCUCCUGCUGGCCUUUCCUGAGGACGGGAAGGCUUGGUUGGCCACUAGGGAGCUGUGUGGCCUGCCCGGGGCCAGAGUGUACUCUCUGCUUGUGUCCACGAGUCGCCACCUGGACCUGCGCAGCUUCAUUUACAAGACGCUGAUGCCGGCGGAAGCCAAGGGCCUGCUCAGCUCCCUGCUGGGCGUCGUCUCCAGGCUCAGCCACCUGCUCCCCAGAGCCAGCCACGUCCUGGCAUACCUGCCCCAGUUUCUUCACACCCCGAACAUCACCGCCUUGCUGGACCUGCCCGACUCUCUGCAGGCUUCACCCCGGGCCCCGGCCGAAAGUUCAGCCUUCGGCUCUUUCCAGGCUGUGGUGACGACGGUUUGCCAGGAGCAAGAGUCUUUUCUUAGCAACUCUAACAUGUUCCUUAACUUGCCCAGAGUUAACGAGCUCUUGGAAAGUGACAAAGAAAAAUUCAACAUUCCUGAAGACUCAACACCAUUUUGCUUGAAGCUUUACCAGGAAAUACUACAGUCUCCAAAUGGCGCUUUGGUGUGGUCCUUCCUAAAACCUGUACUACAUGGGAAAAUACUGUACACACCCGACACCCCGGCCGUGAAGAAGGUCAUCCGGAAGGCUAAUCACACUUUUGUGUUUGUGGACAAGCUGAGGACUUUAUCCAAGACACUGCUGAGCAUAGCCAGCAGUUCCCAGAGCAGUGGGCACGGCCAGAUGCUCGGGCAGCUGCAGGAAGUCCUGAGAAACAAAUUCCUAAGAAACUUUGUGGAGAGCCAGUUACACAUCAACGUAGACAAACUGACUGAGAAGCUGCAGACGUAUGCAGGGGGCCUGGGCCGGAUGCUGAGCCGCUUGGGCGCCGCCAACCUCCUCUCCCUGGGCCACUCGCUGGUCAACCUGUCCUCCUGUGUGCUGCUGGACCGCUUCCAGGGGCUGCCGUCAGCCGCCGCCCUGGAGGCCACCGCCCACGGGCUCAUGCAGCACAACAGCUUCUUGGCCAGCGUCAUCUUCAACAGCUCCUCCGUGCGCAGGCGCUCCGGCGCAGACGCGCCCCCGCUGCCGCCCCGCGUGGCCUACACCAUCCGGACCAGCCUGCUGUACAGCAUGAGGACGGACCAGGGGGAGAACCCGUUCUGGAAGUUCCACCCCCAGAGCCUGCCAGCCGACAGCUUCAAGUACAAUUACGUCUUCGCGCCGCUGCAAGACAUGCUCGAGAGGGCCCUCAUCCGGGUGCAGACCGGGCGGGAGGCCGUGGGGCCCGCCGCACAGGCGCAGCCCAUCCCGUACCCCUGCCACAGCAGCGACCUAUUCUUGAACAACGUGGCUUUCUUCCUCCCCCUGAUCAUGAUGCUGACGUGGAUCGUGUCUGUGGCCAGCAUGGUCCGAAGGCUGGUUCACGAGCGGGAGAUCCAGAUGGAAGAGUACCUGCGGAUGAUGGGGGUGCCCCCGGCCACCGGCUUCCUGGCCUGGUUCCUGGAGAACGCGGCUGUGAUGGCCCUCGGCAGCGCUGCCCUGGCCGUCGUCCUGAAAACCAGCGGCAUCUUCGCGCACAGCAACGCCUUCAUCGUGUUCCUCUUCCUGCUGGACUUCGGGGUGUCGGUGGUCAUGCUGAGCUACCUGCUGAGCGCGUGCUUCCGCCGCGCGGCCCCGGCGGCGCUCUGCGGCAGCCUGCUGUACCUGGCCAGCUUCCUGCCCUACAUCGUGCUGCUGGUGCUGCGGGGCCGGCUCAGUGCGGCCGCCCAGAUGCUUCUGUGCCUCCUCUCCACGACCGCCUUUGGACAAGGAGUGUUCUUCGUCACGUUCCUGGAAGGGCAGGAGGCAGGGGUCCAGUGGGGCAACCUGCACCAGCCUCCGGAGCAGGCAGGCCUGGCGCUCGGCUGGGUCUGCGGGAUGAUUCUGGUCGACUCGGGCCUUUACUUUCUGUGUGGCUGGUACCUGAGCAACUUGGUUCCUGGCUCCGUGGGUGUCCAGAAGCCGUGGUGCUUCCCCUUCACGGCAUCCCACUGGAAGGGCGUGGCCACCCAGAGGCCGGGCGCUCGCGGCUCCGGGCUGUUCUCCCUCCGUGAGGACGUCGGGCACACAGGGUCAUUGCCGCAGCUCGGGAAAGGGGAGCGGGAAGGAGGCGCCCCCGGCGUCACCCUGGUGUCUGUGACCAAGGAGUACCAGCCCCACCAGGCAGCUGUGCAGGACCUGACCCUCACCUUCCACAGAGGCCAGAUCACCGCCCUGCUGGGCACCAACGGCGCCGGGAAAACCACCGUCUUGUCGCUGGUGACGGGGCUGCACGCGCCCACCUCUGGAACCGUCUUCGUCGACGGCAGGAACCUGCAGACAGACUUGGCCGUGGUCAGAAAGGAGCUGGGGGUGUGUCCUCAGCGCGACGUCCUGUUGGACAGGCUCACUGUCCUGGAGCACCUGCUGCUCUUCGCAUCCAUCAGGUCGCCGCAGCGGACCCGGGCAGAGCGACGGCAGCAGGUUGACAAGGCUCUCCGGGACGUGGGGCUGACGCAGCAUCAGCACAAGCAAGCCCGCGCCCUGUCCGGAGGCCUGCGGAGGAAGCUGUCCAUCGGCGCCGCUUUCCUCGGCACGUCGAGGACCGUGGUGCUGGACGAGCCCACCAGUGGGGUGGACCCCUGCUCCCGGCGCAGCAUCUGGGACAUCCUCCUCCAGUACCGAGAAGGUCGGACGAUCAUCCUCACAACCCACCACCUGGACGAAGCGGAGGCGCUGAGCGACCGCGUGGCCGUCCUGCAGCAGGGCCGGCUCCGCUGCUGCGGCCCCCCCCUCGGCCUGACCGAGGCCUACGGCCAGGGCCUCUGCCUGACACUCACGCAGCAGCCUUCCGCUCCGGAGCUGGACGGCCCGCAGGACGCGGCUCACACCACGGCCCUGAUACAGACCUACGUCCCACAAGCGUUUCUCAGGGACCGCAGCGGGCGCACGCUGAGCUACGCCCUCCCCAAGGACGCCGACCGAACCGGCUUCAAGGGGCUCUUCCAGGCGCUGGAGCGGAACCGGCACCGCCUGCGCCUGGCGGGCUGCGGGAUCGCAGACAGCACCUUGGAGGAGGUGUUCCUGAUGCUUCUGCCAGAUCCCAGCGAGCCGUCUGACAUGGCCCCAGGGACAGGGCUGGAGGCGCAGCACCCGAGGCCCCCGGCGCCCACUCCCGGCUCCCACUACGGCGCCCCUGCCAGCACCCUCACGCAGGUGGCUGCCCUGCUGACCCAGCGGCUGUGCCGCACGCGCCGGGCCUGGCGGGGCGCGCUCUGCGACCUGCUGCUGCCCGUCCUCUUCGUGGCCUUGGCGAUGAGCCUGUUCCUGGUGAGGCCUCUGGCCACCGACUACCCUGCCCUCCAGCUCACGCCUGGCCGCUACGGGAAAGCCGAGACUUCCUUCUUCAGCAGUGACAGCGAUGGCAUGGAACUGGCCCAUGUGCUUCUGCGCGCCUUUGGAGACGGGGAGCAGCUCUGCGCCAGCCUAGCCCCAGGCCUGACGAACGCCUCCUGUUGGCACCCGGAGCCCUCGCCGCACCCAGAAGCCCCGGGUCCCUGUGGCUGCCCGAGCUGCCCCAACGCCAGUGCCCGGGCCCCCUCCCUGACCAGCCGCCGGGGCCACAGGCUGCUGAACCUGUCGGCCCUGCGCCCCGAGGAGUACCUGCUGGCGCCCGGGGAGAGCCCCAGGCUCGGGGGCUGGUCUUUCGGAGGGCGAGGCCCGGAUCCUGCUCAAGAUGAGAACUCACACCUGUCAAAACCAGAAAACCUGGCAAAGGUGUGGUACAGCCAGAAGGCCUUCCACGCCCUCCCUUCCUACCUGAACCACCUGAGCAACCUGCUCCUGUGGAGGCUGCUGCCGCCGGCCGAGGACUGGAGACAGCACGGAAUAACGCUCUACAGCCACCCGUACGGAGGGGCCCUGCUGAACGAGGACAAGAUCCUGGAGAGCAUCCGGCAGUGCGGCGUGGCCCUCUGCAUCGUGCUGGGCGUCUCCGUCCUGGCCGCCUCCAUCGGCAGCUCCGUGGUCAGGGACCGGGUGACCGGAGCCAAGAGGCUGCAGCACCUGAGUGGCCUGGGCUACGGGGCCUACUGGUUCUCCAACUUCCUGUACGACAUGCUCUUCUACUCGGUCUCCGUCGGCCUGUGCGUCGCCGUGGUCGCGGCCUUCGGGCUGCCAGCCUUCACCUUCCGCAAGAACCUGGCGGCCACCAUCCUCCUGCUGGUGCUGUUCGGGUACGCGACCCUCCCGGGGAUGUACCUGACGUCCCGGCUCUUCCCCAGCGCCGACGUCGCCUUCAUCGCCUACGUCUCGCUGAACUUCGUCCUGGGCCUCUGCACGCUGCUCAUGACCACCAUGCCCCGGCUGCUGGCCGUCGUCACCAGGGCUCAGAAUCUGCAGACCAUCUACGAGGUCCUCAAGUGGGUCUUCACCGUGUUCCCCCAGUUCUGCCUGGGCCAGGGCCUGAUCGAGCUCUGCUACAACCAGAUCCAGUUCGACCUGACCCACAGCCUGGGCGUCGACAGCUACGCCAGCCCCUUCCGGAUGAGCUUCCUGGGCUGGGUCUUCGUGCAGCUGGCCUCCCAGGGCACGGCGCUGCUGCUCCUGAGGCUGCUGCUGCACGGGGACGUGGUGCGGAGGGCCAGGAGGCGCGCGGCCGUCCAGGGCACAGUCACGGCCUGUGCGGACGCAGAUGUGGAGGCGGAGCAGGCGCGGGUGCUGACGGGAAGAACCGGCGCCGACUUGCUGGUGCUCUGCAACCUCAGCAAGAGCUACGGGCGCUCCCGGCCGGCCGUGCGGGACGUGACCCUGGGCCUGCGGAGCGGGGAGUGCUUCGGGCUGCUGGGCGUGAACGGGGCGGGGAAGAGCACCACGUUCAGGAUGCUGAGCGGGGACGAGGCCCCGAGCGCAGGGCACGCCGUGGUCAGGACGCCCGCGGGGGAGGACGUGCCUCUGUUCUCGGCGGGAGCGGCCGGCGUGCGCGUGGGCUACUGUCCGCAGCAGGACGCGCUGGACGAGCCGCUGACGGGCUGGGAGCACCUGCGCUACUACUGCCGCCUGCGCGGGAUCCCGGGGCCGCUCAUCCCCCAGGUGGCCGGGGACCUGGUGAGGCGCUUACACCUGGAGGCCCACGUGGACAAGCCGGUGGCCUCCUACAGCGGGGGCACCAGGCGGAAGCUGUCCGUGGCCCUGGCCCUGCUGGGCAAGCCCCACCUUCUCCUGCUGGACGAGCCCAGCUCCGGGAUGGACCCCCGCUCGAAGCGGUUCCUGUGGAAAGCGAUCGCCGAGGAAGUUCGGGAGGGCUGCGCCGUGGUGCUGACCUCGCACAGCAUGGAGGAGUGCGAGGCCCUCUGCACGAGGCUCGCCAUCAUGGUGGACGGCAGCUUCAGGUGCCUGGGCACCCCCCAGCACAUCAAGGACAGGUUCGGGGCCGGCUACACCGUCCGCGUGUGGGUCAGCGCGGGAGGAAGUCAGCGCGAGCUCUCCGACCGCCUGCAGCUCCGCUUCCCAGGAGCCCGGCUCAAGGGGCAGCGCCCGAACGUGCUGGAGUACCAGGUGCCCGCGGGCUGGGCCGGCCUGGCCGACCUGCUCCAGGUGCUGGAGGACAGCAAGGCCGCCGGGAGCAUCCGCCACUACGCCCUGGCCCAGGCCUCGCUGGAGCAGGUGUUUGUUGAUUUUGCUGCUGAGCAGCCGGCUCCUCCAGCCCCUCCUGACCCGCCCGCCCGGGGCCGCCAGCCGCAGCCCCUGCCUGUCUGAGCCCAGGACGCUGCUUCAGAGGAAGGAGACUCCCAGCCCCAGUCAGUCCUCAGGCCAGCGCAGGAGCUCGGGGACACCAGGCCUGGGGUUCCCGUCUCCUGCACUUUCCGCUCUGACCUCUGUUCAUUAAUA